UUUUAUGUCGAAUCGACGCGACGGCCGGCCACGAAGGUGCGAGAGAGCGAACUUGUUGUUGGGUAUUUCUGGGAAUCAAUAAUAAUCAUAUUCAUGCCAGCUGUUAAUGCAUAUGACGUCCACUACCAUCAGAUGUAAUGCAGAGUUUAUGGAACGCUGUCAUGGUAUGAUUUAUCUGGAAAAGGCUGAGAGUUACUGUAGCUCAGCUUAAUUCCGCCGUUCCGGAUUAGGCCCUAGGCUAAAUAGUAAAUAUCCAUGAUGUUCGUUAUGUCCGUUUGGUUUGCGGAAUAAAACUCCGCUCGACGAGCAUUGAGAGAACAAACAUCAGUGUAACACAAUACAGUCGGAGUACUCGAUCUGCAACCAGACUGCCGACUUCUUCAUAUUAUUGCUGAACUCAAUUUGCAUCGGCAAAUGAACAGUCUGCUGAGAAAAUCGUUAUCAUCAAUUGGAUAGGAGUGCAUUAAUAAGGAGGUACCAUGAAUGGACUUAGGCCUCAGUUGACUGCAGAACAGCUCCACAAGCUUCAUCAGUUUCGUUCAGCUGUGUCUGAUACCCUGAAGCCUGAGCAUGAUGAUCAUUACUUACUACGAUGGCUUAGAGCUCGCAAGUUUGAUCUCAAGAAAUCAGAAAAGAUGCUCCGAGAUCAUGUUGAGUUUCGUAAACGCUGGGAUGUGGAUUACAUUGCCAAUCAGUGGACACCACCAGAGGUCUUAGACAAGUUCUUUGUGGGUGGAUUAUUCGGCGUGGGAAUUUAAAACAGAAAAGUGCAAUAUUUGUUACGGCGUGUUUCUACAAGGCUCUGCCAGUUCCAAGCGUGACAGUCACAGGAUAGGACACAGCAAGACAAGAAAUCACUCAUCGUCUUCAUCUUCAUCGGCUGCAUCGUCGACUUCGACAUCAUCAUCAUCAACACCAAAGGAAGGUUGCUAUGAUCUGAUUGAGAUGAAACCACUUGAGAAAGUGCACAGUGAGAUGGUACCUGAAGCUGGGGGACUAAGAUGUGAGGAACCUGGUACUUAUAUUCUGAGGUUUGACAACACGUACAGCUGGCUGAGAGGCAAGCGGAUAUUCUACUCAGUGGAAGUCAUGCCUCCUGCUGACGAGAUCACGAUAAACAACCAGUACACAACGUGAUGUCACAAGGAUCCAUGGGUUUAUACAGACUUCAAUACUUCUCAAGUCUGGUUCAUUCUCAAGGCAAAAACACCUGUGAAUGCAAAUUUAUGAUGCCAUGGCAAGUUUUUGCGGUGCGAAUUCACAAAAGCUGAACACAUUUCAAACACCUCCAAAUUUUGCCAUUAAUGUUUAAAAAUAUGAAAUUCAUUUUGCAUUCCCAGUUGCAUUGGCAUAAGGUAUGAACCUCAAGAAAUAUUGCACAAAAGUUUGGGAUGUUUUAGUAGAUAAAAUUGAGGCAAUACAAGUGCUCAAUCCUAAACUAAACUAAACAUGCCAAAUGCACCAGAGUUGGUUUUGCAGAAGUUUAAUGGCCUCAGGACUGAAUGUAAAAGCCACUAUUACCUUACAUUUGUAAACGCCUGGAGACUUUUGUAUAAAGCGCUCUUUACAAGCAUUUUUAUUAUUAUUUUUAUUUACAUGGGAAUUGAGAAUUUAGCAAUGGGCAACUGAUUAUUGCAAAGUGGUGGAUUUAAAGGAUUCUGACAACUUCCAAGAAAAAAAAAUUGUGGCGUUAAGGCCGGUUCCUACCCUGCGCAAAAAUAAACACAACAGUGAGUUUGUGACACCAUGUCAAGUUAUCUUACGGAAUAUGGUUCAUGACAUCAAAUUCAUUUCGCAUUUGCAAAGUGUGAACUGGCCUUUAGGGUUUAAUAUGUUGAUUUCUUGGUCAAGGCAAUACAUUCUAUAGACCUUGUGCGUUAAGGCGGAGUCGGAGGGCAAUGACUUUGUAUCACUGGGAUAGGUAUGAGUGAACCCUUUGUGAAUUAUUGUAACUAAAUUAAAAUAACGAAGAUUACCCACAACGCACAUGGUCUUGUUGGGAUGUUGUUAACCACGACAUGAGGUUAUACUCUGUACUGCCUGGUAUUCAAAUUCUCCCAAAACUUCAGUUUUUAUGUUCCUUGAGCUUUAUUGCUGCAAAUGCCAUUAUCCUUCCAGCUUCAUAUGGUGCAUACUCACGGGUGUUAUCAGGCAUGCAACCUUUCCUCAGAUCCACUAAUUUCCUCGGAUUUUACUUCUCGUGAAUGCCAUAACAAAUUGAAAAACACUGUACAAAGUCUUGUGUGGUUUGGAAUUUCCUCGUUUUUUCUAAAUUUCCAGUUGCAUGCCUGUGUUUUGCAGGGAUGUUGGUCCUCCUGCAACAAAUUGUAAAUAACACAUGGAUGGCAGCAUUCAUGUGUGUAUACUUUCCUCAAUACACAUUACCGGUACCUUGAAUUUCAGAGUCCACUUACAUCUCUAUUUAUCUAAAUUUUGGCACUAAGAGUGCAAAAUGGCUGAGCUAAUGUUUUCUUGUAUAUUUCAGUACCAAAAGUGACGUAUAUUUAUAAAUAUUUUAAAUAUUUAUAUACUAUUCUAUUUUAAAUUCAUACUUAACAUAUCUUGGCACUUAAUAUAUUUGGGCAGAACUACUGUUGUGGGAAUCUCCAGCAGUUUUGAAGCAAUACAAUAUCAGAAAAACUCUAGAAAGGAGUUGUAAAGGGUAAGACACAAAUUGGCCUUUUUAAUUAAUCUAUGGACUUGGACCAACUGAAUACAUGUACUGUAUAAAAAGCAAUAUUAGAACAAUAGUGCUAGUUUCUUCCAAUAAAAAGAAAAAGGCAAUGUUUGCAGAUUUUUGUGUGUGAAAUACACUGAAUUUGCUGAUCUGUAAACGGCUUGUUUGAUAAAGGACAAGUGGACGACUCAAGGUUGAUUCAUGUGUUUUUCUUGCACCUCCAUAUUAAUUUUAACGUGUGAACUAGACGAACUCCAAUCAAACGUCACCACAAAGCGUGACAGUCCUGGCUCCCUGCUUUACAUGUACAUUACAAUAUGAGUGGAGUUUGGUUACCAGCUAUGCAACCGAUGGUAGUAUGGUCCGAAAUUGAUGAGACUUGGUCAAACUACAGUUGGCGCAACCCUUUGUCUCCUGUGCAGUCAUGCAUGAAAACUAAUCCAGUGAAAAUGUCACCAAAAGAAGCAGGAAGAGUUACUUUAAAAGUACAUAUGAAAAUAUCUUAUCUAUAUUGCUACAGAAUAAAACUAUGGCCAAUUUUAAAAGUGUGUAGUUUUUUUUUGACUGACACUGUAUGGGUGUACUCAAGGAUUUCUAAUCAAAUUUGCUUAAAGUUGCGUUCCUGCGCUCUUCAACAAAUUCUAUUUUCUUCUAUAAAUAAAUGUUCAACUUGUGUGUUUCAUUCCAACCACAGAACCUCCUUUUUCCCUUGUCAGCAAACCUCUGAAAAAAAAGGGUUUUGUUUUGGGCACAAACAAAUCUGCUUUGCGAGCAGACAGGUUCCCCGUCUGCACAUUAUCGAGAACGGAAGGCAAGAACGAAACUAUUGUCUGGCAGACAAUUAUUCGAAAGUGUGAAGUAAAAAUUUAUAAACUAAACAUGGGCUGAUUUUUUUCAGUUGAUGUGUCACUCAAAAGUGAAUAACUUCUGUAUUGCUAGGAAAUAGCAAUUAAGAAAAGGAAUCUAUUUUUCGGGAUGAAACUUGAAACUGGCUGAGGGAAUGCAUCUUUGAAGAAUAGAGUUUGUGUUCUGGCUAAUAAUGGCAAGGUAUUCCUAUAAUAAUCAACACUUGAGCAGUUUUGGCCAAACAACUUAAAAUCCAAUUUUAUUAAGCUUGGACCAACUGGCAUCAUUUGAGAGUAGUUACAUUUUGAAGAAAACAACCAUUGUUGUUACUGUCAACAUUUGUCAGAUAUAUUUAUCACAAAGUAUUCUCUCGUUAUGAUGAUUAUAUUUUACUGCAUGCAAUAUCGAAGACACUUCAUCUUGUAUUUUAACUUUUGUAUCUGAAUAUAUUGAUAUAAUAUAUAAUUGUAUACUGCACUAUUUUCUAGAAUUAAAUCCUUGAAAAAAGAAUGUCUUUCUCACCAAACUUAUUGUGUACAAAAUACAUGUAUAUGUAGCAAUAAACAAAGUAUUUUAUGGGAUAUUUUACACAAGGAAAACAGAUUUAGUUGAUUGUUGUAAGUUGGGUUUAUUGUUGAAAGUGUUUAUUGUUAAUUUUAAAUAUACAAACAAAUAUUUAUUAAGUAAGUAAAUGAAUAAAUGCAAACCUAAACUAUGAAAAGGAA